GAUUAGUUGACGUGACUAUGAGCCGAGCUCUAGCACGUGGUAGCAUGACUAUGAGCCGAGCUCUAGCAAACGUAGGGUGACUAUGAGCCGAGCUCUAGCACAAAUUAGUAUGACUAUGAGCCGAGCUCUAGCAAACGUAGGGUGACUAUGAGCCGAGCUCUAGCACAAUUUUAGUAUAUAUGACUAUGAGCCGAGCUCUAGCGAAUGUAGUGUGACUAUGAGCCGAGCUCUAGCACAAUUUAGCAUGACUAUGAGCCGAGCUCUAGCAUGAAGGAACAUGAGUUAAGUACAAAUGAAUAACAUCUUGGAUUGAGGGUCUUGGAAAUUGAAACUUUGAUUAUACUUAGUAUAGUUGUCAUUGUACUUGUCAAAUGCUUCCAAGUACUGACCUCCCCUUCACGGGGGAGGCCACCUCACAGUUUCAGGUAGGGAGUAGAGCUUGCUACUACCGCUCGUUGCUUCGGGGAAUUCAAGGAGGAAGGCGGGGUUCGUACUUCUCCUGUUUCUGUUUUGAAAACAAUUUAAAUAAUGCUCAUGGAUAUUAUUUCGAAUAUUUAUUUGGGGGCUUGUAUGCCCGUGGUUGCCACGUGUGGCUUGAAUAUUUGUAAUUAUGUUUCCGCUGCUUAAUUAAAUAUUUUACGUUAUGAUUGUUUAUGGAUGUACUAUGUGUGAAUGGUAUUCAAGACGCCUAGUAUAGUAUGGAUGAGUUGGACUGCGGUUGACUAUUCGUACUGUACGGCGGGUUGUUGACGUGUCCGGUAGGUCCGGGGCGUGACAAUUUAAUUGGUAUCAGAGACUUAGUCCGUAAACUUCAUAAUGAAGCUUCAAAAUCUCUUUUUGAAAAAACGAAUUUGAAACCCAUGAGCAUAAAGUUUUGUACUUAUAGAACUUUUGGUACUUGAGUUGCAAGGUCUCUAAUUGUUAAGAUGGUACCCUUAACAAUUGGUAUGACGGUGAUUUGAGCCAAAAGAUGUCUUUAAGUACCUAUCCGUCACUUGACAUUUGAUACGAGUCUAAUGGCUCAUUCUAAACUUCUUUCAGAAAUGGAACGUACCGGUAGAAUUACUCGACGGAACCCGACUGGCCAGGCACUGGGAGGAUCCCAACGUGGCAGUCGGGGGGGAUCAAGAGAGUCUAGGGGACAGGGCCGUGCAGGCCAUUCGUUGACCGUGAGUGACGGUCACGUGGAAACAAUAGAUGAACACUAUGAGUCCGAGGAGGAUUCAACUUACCAACCGGGAACUGAGCCGGUUGAGACCCCAUAUGAUGGGGAACACGACGAUGUUAGUGAUGAGAGUGAUGAUAAUAUCGCUCUUGAACGGAUUGAGGAAUUGCUCCGGCAAUACCAACAAGAUCGCCAAAGGCGCCGGGCAAGGCGUGCUUUGGAAGGGGCUUCGAGGAGAGGAAGCCGCGCGACUCCUAGGGAGAGCAUUGAACUCCGAGGAGGUCGAGGUGCUGAGGUUCCUAUCAUAAGAAUCUCAAAGUACCUAAAGGAGGCGAGAGACUUGGGAUGUAAACCGUUUGAUGGAACGGGAGACAUCUCCGUGGCGGCCGAGUGGAUCAAGAGAUUCAAUGAAGCGGCCCUUGACAUGCAACUGCCACCCCACAUGAAGAUGAGAGUGGCAACAAGAUUGCUUGAAGGCAUGGCGUCCACGUGGUGGGACGGAGUCAAAGGGAAGUACGGCGAGGCCGUCACUUGGGAGAACUUUAGGCAAGAAUUCUUUAGCCAAUACUACUCCGACUUCGAGGUGAACUUGAAGAGGAGGGAGUACACGAAUUUGACCCAAGGAGGGGAAUGCACGGUGAAGGAACUUGAGCACAAGUUCAGGAAACUUGCUGAGUUCAUACCGGAGUACAUUUGUGACGAAAACCGGAUGGUGAACCAUUUCUGGGAUGCCUUAGACCUUGACAUACGCGAGAGGGCAACACAAUUGCCUAAUAUGACGUUUAGUCAAGUGGUUGAACAAGGCUUGAAGGGAGAAAAAGAGUGGGAGGAAAGAAAGCGAAGGAACGCCGAAGAGGCGAAGAAGAGGAAAUGGGAGAACCAUGGCCCCCAAGGUUCUAACAAAAAGGGGAACCACGGGGGAGGGGGAUCGUUCAGAGCGCCGGCACCGCCAUCCAAGGGAAACUCGGCCUUCGGCGGGCACAACUCGGGCUCACAAGCCUCAACGGCGCCCAGGUGCAGAAAUUGCAACCGGAGCCACGCCGGUAAGUGUCGUGAUCCACCACGGUGUUACCAAUGUGGGGACACGGGGCAUAUUAAGCCAAAUUGCCCUCAACUUGGUAGGAACCGAGGAGCGGGAUCAAGCGGCGCUACUACGGCAAGUAGGAGCCGAACCGGAGCACCUCAUGCUAGUACGGGCCAAGGGGGAGCAAGCACGAGCAAUGCGCCGUCCGUUAACCAAGGAAGGACCCAAGCAAGGGUCUACGCAAUGACGGAGGCGGAUGCCCGAGCUAACCCAGAUUCGGUUGCAGUUUCAGGUAGGGAGUAGAGCUUGCUACUACCGCUCGUUGCUUCGGGGAAUUCAAGGAGGAAGGCGGGGUUCGUACUUCUCCUGUUUCUGUUUUGAAAACAAUUUAAAUAAUGCUCAUGGAUAUUAUUUCGAAUAUUUAUUUGGGGGCUUGUAUGCCCGUGGUUGCCACGUGUGGCUUGAAUAUUUGUAAUUAUGUUUCCGCUGCUUAAUUAAAUAUUUUACGUUAUGAUUGUUUAUGGAUGUACUAUGUGUGAAUGGUAUUCAAGACGCC